UUAAUAAAAUGUUGAGGUAAAAAAAGGGUUUACAUAAUAUUUUCUCUCACAGUUUCCCUACUUGUCAGUGUCCCUCCCUUUAGUCCCUGUGUAGAUUUCGCCGACUCCUCCUCUACCCCGGAUAUAUAAAGGGCGCCACCUAUACAUACAUACAUUCAUUCAUACUUUAUUAUUCACAUACAAAUAUAAUUUUCUCUUUACCGGCGAUUUUCAAUCUCUCCGGUUGCCGGUGAUCCCUCGAUACUUUUGCCGCACUGUUUGAUUUUAUGAGCCAUUAAUUGAGAAUAGAUGCCGGUUGCAAAGCUCAGCAUAGGUGCUACUCCAGCUGCAAUGAAAGCAGACGAGGGAAAUGAUUCUCUUGAUACUUUAAUUAGGCAAGCUAUAGGCAAGGAGCCUCUUUUUUCUUUCUCCAGAACAGGGGAUGGUCCUGUCCAGUGGUUUCAACUGCUUCAUGGUUUAGAGCAGCAAGAUAAUGCUGGUGGUUGGCCUAUGCUAACACCAGUGAAACUUCAAAAGUGUGAAAAAUGUUCACGGGAAUUUUAUUCCCCUAUAAAUUAUCGAAGGCAUAUGCGUCUGCAUCGUCGAGCCUUAAAUUUUGAUAAGGAGUCUCGCAAAUACAGAGAUCUACUGGGAGCAUUUUGGGAUAAGCUCUCACUGGAUGAGAUUAAGGAAGUUGUAUCAUUGCAUGAUGUUUCAAUAAAGGAUCUUUCUGGAUCUUCACUUGUUGAGGACCUGGCAAUGUCUAUGCGAAAACCGGCAGUCUGGACUCUUCCCCAAGAUUAUUAUAGGGCUGGCUUAGCUUUGUUGGAGCUCAUCCAAGCUAUACCUUCCAAGCUUGCAAUUACCUCUCAGGAGUUAUUUAGCAUCCUUGAUGAUGCUAGCGAAAGAACAUUUUUAUGUGCUGGUACAGCCGAGUCCGUUCAAAAAUAUGUGUUUGAUGGGGAUGCUUCCAAGAAAGGUCCCGAGUUGAAAAACCUGGUUGCUUGCACUAGCUUCCUUUUUGAACAGAAACUGGUAAAAGCAUGGUUCGCAGACAAAGAUGCUGAAGCUUUGAGAUGCCAGAAGUUACUUUUUGAGGAGGAGGAAGCUGCUCAAAAAAAGCAAGCUGAGUUGUUGGAAAGGAAAAAACUGAAAAAGCUUAGACAGAAGGAACAGAGAGCAAGGGAGCAAUCAAAUUGGGAGAGGGGAGAUUUGGAGGUACCUGCUGAUUCGUUUGACGGUCCAAUGGCAGAAUCUUCCAUCCUUUCAGCUACUGUAUCCGAUUCUUACUCAAGUACACCCGAAGUAUCUGAUGAUCUGUCCUCCUGCCUUGAACUUGUACAAUUAUCUAACAAUGAAGAUAUAGACAUUGAAGCCCAACUUAAUCUCUCUCACCAGCAUCUGGAUCUGGUCGAAAUUCAGGAUGUUGAGCCCCCACCAGUAUCUGCAAAUAGUCGACGGCAGUUUCCCCGCACCCAGUGGCAAGUGCCAAAAUCACAAAGAAUGGGGCGAAAUGGUUUUCAUAACAGCCAGAAUCAUCAAGUACAGAAACUUGAACCCAUGCAGAAGCAUGCAGUUUUUAAAGACCGAGGUGCCCCCGUUAAUAGCAGUAAGAUCUGGACAAGAAAAGUUAGAGUGCAAAAUGGUGAGCGCUCUAGACCGGAGCCACAGAAAGAGGCAAUGGAUCAAAAUCCAAGUAACUGUGAAGUGAUGAUUGGUUCUAUAUCUGUUCCAAUGAAAAAUAGUAACACUCAUGGACAGGGUAACUGUCCUGCCGUAGAAAGAGAUAACCUCGACAGCACAGAACCAGGCAUGCCUAAUAAGUGUAAUCUUGUAGUGAAGCCAGCAAAGCAAGAUGCUCUUCAGGGUGGGUCAAAUGGGGCAGCUGUGAAGCUUCGGAGGCCUGUGGGCAGGCAUGGAAGUGGACAACAUCCUGAAGAGCCUGUGAUCACUGGAAAGUUGGAUAAUCAGACUUCAUCCACUGAAAAUAGUUUGCCAUCAUGCUCGAUGGACAACCCAAUUGGCAAGCAGGUUUCAGAUGGUAAUGUUAAUCAAGGUCUGGGAUUUUGCAGUAUUUCUGCAAGAGCUUUUCUCUCUCAGAGAUGGAAGGAGGCUAUCUCUGGGGAUCAUGUUACAUUAGUCCUUUCCAAUGACUCAGAGGUUUCCGGACAUCCAGAUGCGCAAAACGGCAGUUCGGAAGCAGCCCUAGCAUCAGAUGAUCAGGACCAUGGCAUUCUUGUCAAAGCUGAUAAUCAGCAGGCAAAUACUGGGGUUUUUAAUUUAUCUUCCCAUGGCAAUUCUAAACACAAGUUCAGGCAGAAGCCUGAUAGGUCUACUAAGACAAGGUACAUUCCAAAGCGAAAACCAUAAUUUAGGAUGAAAGUAUUUUCUGAUUAUACCCGAUUGUGCAGUUUUUAGUUAGUCCAGCAGAGGUUCCGUUUUACCUGUGGUCUUCUGUCACAGUUGAAGUAAGGUUUUCUAGAGUAGCUUACAUCCCAUCCUCUUCUUGGAGUUGUUGCCGCAUUUUGGCUAGGGUAGCCUUCUUUUUGCAGCUUACAAUUUUUCUGUAAUAAUUGGGUUUUAAAAUUUUUAUUCUUAUUGCUCAUUAUUUUCAGCAGUGGCAGCUUACCAAAUUCUCAUGUUAGUUUGAACAAUAUAUGAAUAUAGAAUCAAUUGAUAAAAUGGUCCCAGCUUUUCACA